AUGGAGAACGUGAUGGUGGCGGGGAGUCGCAUGCGCAAGGAGCUCUCAGUGGCCGCCUCCAUCGUCAUCGAUGACGACGUCUCGGGCCCAUCCGAGUCACACGGGCAGCUGCCGUGCGCCAUCUGUCAGCAGGCUAUCGGGGUGGACGCGGAGGGGCGCGAGUUCGUGCCGUGCGAGUGCGCCUACCGCAUCUGCCGCCCCUGCUACAAGUACAUCCGCGCACACGAGGGCAACCGCUGCCCGCAGUGCCUCUCCAAGUACCACCGCCUCGCAGUGAAGCACGUUACUCGUGCCUCUCCACCUUGCUCCUUCCCUUCCCCUCCCCUCCUGCUCGCGUCGCUGCUUGCACUGCUGAAUCCGGACCUUUCAGCCACGAAUGUUCCCUCAUUGUUUCUCGCUCCCAUGCCAUCCCACCGUAUGUCAUGUCCCCGUGCUGCUGUCUGCCGUGUCAUGCAUCUUGUCCGAGCAGGCAGUCCGCCAGUGGACGAUGAUCCACCAGAGGAGGUCAUCCGCCAUCUUGAGGAGUCCAUUCCCGACGCCCCUGCGCCUGCCCCCCCCGCCAUUGCCGCCCCUGCUCCCCCUCUCCCCAGUCCCUCUGCCCUCCCCGCACCCCACACCCUCACUUCCUCCCCUCUCCCACCGUCGUCCGUGCCUCUCGCCUCGCCGCUCUCCUCCUCCGCCCCUCACCUGGCACUGGAAGCCUCGUCGUCCUCCCCUUCAUCUGCAUCCCACGCGUCCGCAUCACCAGCAGCAGGGCUUGUUGGUGGUGGUGCUGGUGGUGGUGGCGUCACUGGUGGUGGCGUAGGUGUUGGUGUUGCUGGCGCUAGUGCGGGCAUUGGUGGUGGUGCGGCCAGUCCGGGCGGAGGGGGGGACGAGAGCCCCUCAUCAGGCAGUGCGGGCAGCCCCUCCAGCUACGGCUAUGGCAGCAUUGUCUGGUUCACCCCCCGCCGCCAGUGGUCCGCCUUGGCUCCUAGUGGGGAGGCUGCUUCUGCUGCAGGUGUUUCUGCUGCAAGUGUUGCUGGUGCUGCUGUGGGUGCUGCUGCUGCUGGUGCUGGUGGUGUGGCUGAGAGCGGCCCCUCCACGGCCAUUAUCCCGGUGCAUGAUGCGGACGCCUCUGCAGGCGGGGUGGGAGGUGGCGGCGGUGGGAUGGGUGUGAUCCCCAAUGAUGGUGCUUCUGCUGACGGUUCGCCAUUCAUGUGCGGACGCCACUUCUACCUGCUCUGCGCCACUCCUCCAUCUGCAUCUGCUGCUAACUUACUUACUCACACCUUAUUGCCGCUUCGCCGCCGUCGCAGAGUGGACGACACACGCCGCCCCUUGUCGCGCAAGGUGCCAGUGCCGUCCAGCAUGCUCAACCCCUACAGGUUCGCGGUGGUGGUGCGCUUUGUGGUGAUGAUUCUCUUCUUCAAGUUCCGAGUCACCAACCCCAACAACUCCGCCUUCCUGCUCUGGCUCGCCUCCGUCGUCUGCGAGAUCUGGUUUGGAAUCUCCUGGAUAUUUGACCAGCUGCCCAAGUGGUCGCCCAUCACCCGAGAGACCUUCCUCAACCGCCUCUCCCUCAGGUACGAGCAGGAGGGGCGGCCGUGCGAGCUGCCACAAGUGGACGUGUUUGUGUCGACGGCCGACCCCUUCAAGGAGCCGCCUCUCGUGACGGCCAACGUGAUCCUCUCCGUGCUCGCUGCUGACUACCCCGUUGACAAGGUGGCGUGCUAUCUAUCAGACGAUGGAGCGUCCAUGCUGACAUUCGAGGCGCUCAUGGAAACGGCCAACUUCAGCCGCCUCUGGGUGCCGUUCUGUCGCAAGCACGCCAUUGAGCCGCGCGCCCCCGAGAUGUACUUCGCUGGCGGGGUGGACUACCUGCUGGGGAAGGUCAACGCUGACUUUGUCAAGGAGCGAAGGAGGAUGAAGCGCGAGUACGAUGAGUUCAAGGUGCGCAUGAACGCGCUGGUGGUGAAGGCACAGGACAGCCCUCGAGACGGGUGGACCAUGCCAGAUGGCACCGCGUGGCCCGGCAACGACCGCUCCGACCACGUCGGCAUGAUCCAGGUUUUUCUGCAGCCCAACGGAGAGACCAAGGAUGUCAAUGGCGACCCACUUCCCUACCUGGUGUAUGUGUCGCGGGAGAAGCGCCCAAACUACGACCACAACAAGAAGGCCGGAGCCAUGAAUGCCAUGAUGAGGGCAUCAGCGCUGCUGACCAACGCGCCCUUCAUCCUCAACCUAGACUGCGACCACUACGUUAACAACUCCGCCGCCAUCCGCGAGGCCAUCUGCUUCCUAGCGGACCCGCUGAAGGGCGGGCGGGUGUGCUUUGUGCAGUUCCCGCAGCGCUUUGAUGGCGUGGAUAAGAGCGACCGCUACGCCAACCACAACACCGUCUUCUACGAUGUGAACAUGAAGGGGCUGGACGGGCAGCAGGGCCCCAUGUAUGUGGGCACGGGGUGUGUCUUCCGACGCCAGGCGCUCUAUGGCUUCGACCCGCCCCCCAAGACCCCCACCAAGCGCCGCACGUGCUGCUCCCUCUGCCCCUCGUGGCUCUCCGGCCGCCCCUCCCCCGUGCGCCUGCCCUCCCAUCUCGCUGCCGGCAGAGCUGCUGUUGGGGGAACACAGCAGGUUGGGCUGGGGGAAGACGGGGCAGGCGCGUUCACGUAUGGCGGGAGGGUGAAGCGCCGGUGGGAGGAGGGGGAGGAGGCGGCGUUGCUGCCGACUCGGUGGCAUGUGAAGCGGUUUGGGCUGUGCCAUAACUUCAUCAUGACCGUCUUUGAUGGCGUGGGGGGGGGCAUGGCCACAGAGGACCCGCAUGAGGUGCUGAGUGACGUCAUCCUGGUGAUAUCAUGUGGGUAUGAGGACAACACCGAGUGGGGCACCAGUUGCGGCUGGGUGUACGGCAGUGUAACAGAGGACAUAGUAACGGGGUACAAGAUGCACACACGUGGCUGGCGCUCUGUCUACUGCAUGCCGCCCCGCCCCGCCUUCAAGGGCUCAGCACCCAUCAACAUGACGGACCGGCUGGCGCAGGUGCUGCGGUGGGCGACGGGGUCGGUGGAGAUAUUCUUCUCGCAGCACAACCCCGUGUGGGCCGACUGCUGCUCCCACCUCAAACCCAUCCAGCGCAUCGCCUACAUGAACACGGCGCUGUACCCGUUCACGUCCAUCGCGCUCACAGUCUACUGCUUCCUGCCCGCCAUCAGCCUCUUCUCCGGCCAGUUCAUCGUGCCCAAUAUUGACAACUGGGCAGUGCUCUACUUCCUCGCACUCUUCCUCUCCAUCUUCGCCACGGCUCUGCUUGAGAUUCGCUGGAGCGGGGUGUCGUUGGAGGAGUGGUGGCGCAACGAGCAGUUCUGGGUGAUUGGAGGCACCUCUGCACACUUUGCUGCCGUCAUGCAGGGGCUGCUGAAGGUGGUGGCGGGAGUGGAGGUGCAUUUCACGCUCACCUCUAAGGCCUCGCAGGACAUGGAAGAUGAGCUAGCUGAGCUCUACACCGUCAGGUGGACGUGGCUGUUCCUCAUCCCGCUCACCAUCAUCAUUGUGAAUGCAUUUGCCAUACUGGCGGGAGUGGCGCACGCCAUCAACAACUGGCAGUCCACCGACUCCACCAUCAGCGGAUACGGCCACCCCAUCAAGGCGCCCACCUCCAAUGCCGACCAGAUCGGUCAACUUGUCGGCCAAGUGUUCUUCUCUGUGUGGGUUCUUCUGCAUCUGUACCCUUUUACUAAGCCUCAAGGACCGCUGCAAUACAACGUGCAGGAGACCAUGCAGCUGCUGCAGGAAUCAGCCUCACUCGUCAACCGCGCCGCGCACCUGCUGCACGCCGAUGCCUCCCCCCUCGCCUCCUCCUUUUGGCUCCGGCCAGCCGCCGUCGCUGCGGGCAGCCCGGCCGGGGGGGAUGCGCGCGCGGGGGAGGCGGGGGGGCGCAAGUACUACGUGAAUCUAGUGCAAACGGCGCGCGCACUGCAGAACGCGGUGGUGCUGCUGCGGCAGAAGCAGCGGCUGCUGGUAAUGGGGCAGAUCAACAACGCCAUGGCCGCGAUUGACGGCGUGAAAGUCGUGCUGGUGCCGCGCGAAGACCGCCAGGUGUUGGAGCAUCUCAACGUCGCACGGCGAUUCGCAGAGCAUGCGAAGCUGUCGUUCAUGGGGCAAGAACAGCGCGAUUGA